AUGUUCAGGACGACCCAAAUAAGCAUAGCCUUGGAUAACGCCCUUAGAGAGAGGUUCUGGAGCCAUGAUACUACCGAAAAGGUCAAGGCGAUGCUCAUGAACGAGAAAGAUGCCAACCUCAAGUCACUUCGUAAAAAAUAUGAGGGUACCUUGUUGCAUAUGGCGGUUGGGUAUGGGGCACCCGUCGACAUGGUAGAAGCUAUACUUGAAAAACUGCCAGGGACAGCCAAAAUUACGACGAAAAAAAGCAAACAAACAGCCCUGCAUUGGGGAAUGGACGGGUAUGCUUCUACGGAUGCCAUCAGGCUGGUUCUGAACGCCAAUCCCCAAGCAGCCAAAAUCAAAGAUUCCAAUGGCCGGCUACCGUUGCACCUUGGAAUGUAUAGACGGGCCCCUUUGGAUGCCAUCAAAGUUGUCCUAGAGGCUUAUCCACAAGCUACCAAGGUACAAGAUAAUAACGGCCACACUCCGUUGCACUCGGGGGUAUCCGUGGGUUUCAAGCAAAUGAAAAAAUCGACGAGACCUUGGAUCCAGGAAAAUAUUGAGUAUGUCGUGGGGCAAGAUCCUCAGGCUGCUGAAAUCAAGACCAAGAGAGGGCGAACUCCACUGCAUAUUCUGUUAGAGAAUGGGGCUUACACAACAACUGUCAUGACCGUUGUUAAUGCGUGUCCGUCCAGUUUGGAUGUCAAAGAUUCCUUGGGAAGGACAACGUUGCAUGCCGCCAUUGCCAAUGGAACACCUGCCAGAGUUUUGGCUGCCAUUGUGGAGAAUUAUCCUUCCAAAGUCGUGUCAGUGGGAACCAUUCCAGACAAAAAGACAUUGGCUCACUUGAUCAUGGAGAAGAAGGAAUCUGCGGGUGCCGUCUGGGCGAUACUCAAUGCCUAUCGACAAUGUUCUCCUGACGAUUCGUCCCAACCACCACCGUACGAGAAACCUGACGUCAAUGGGCAAACUCCUCUGCACAUUGGGAUGAUCCAUGGAGCUUCACCGGCGGCUAUCACAGCUGUUUUGAAUGCUUUUCCGGAAGCCGCUAGUAUUGUGGACACCUUUGGGCAGACGCCAUUGGCUUUGGGAGUCGGCUUUGGAGCAUCACUAGAAGCAAUAUUUCCAGUGCUCAAGGCGUUCCCAAACGCUGCAAAACUGGUGGAUAGCUCCGGGAAUACUCCUCUCUUUGUUGGGAUCUCGAAGAAGAUUACAUGUUACAUUAUUGAAGCAAUCCUGGUCGUGUGUCCAAGCUCUGGGACGACGCGAAAUACAGAUGGACUAUCCCCGCUGCAUCAUGCCAUUCAACAAGAAACCCCUGACGUGGAAGUGGUGUCCACCAUACUAAGGUGCUGCCCAGAAGCUGCAAAGACAACAGAUUUGGAUGGAAACACGCCAUUGCUGAGCUUAUUCAUCAAAACUUAUGGUACUGACGUGCGUGCAGUGUCGUCGCCUCCAUUGAAACAGCUCAAAGUUAUGACGCAGAUUUGGACAAUGCUUUGCGACGUCUACCCAUUGGCAGCCGAAUUGGAGAACUAUGCUGGUUUGUCGCCCAUCAGUUGCCUGGUCACAAUGAGUUCAAUGUCGGCGGUGAGACCUACCUCCCCACGAGCGAAGGGCGAUCCUUCCCAAGGUAUCAACCGCUCCUGCACCUUUCUUCAGUUGCGUGCUCUUCUAAAGGGCUUGCGUGACGGUCGGCCCCUGAAGAAGCUAUGCAGUCUUCGAUGUACUGAUUUGCUGGAACUAUUCCUCGCCUUGUUUGGUGAUACCAACGCGGGUCAAUCCACUCCAGAUCGCCUCAAGUUGCAGACGAAUCAUGUAGCAAACAUCGAUCUCAAUCGGGAGAGGGUGCGCGGGUGGACCCUUCUAGAAAUACUGGCAGACCUCGACAACGAAGACUCUUGCAGCAUUCUUCUUCAGAUCGUCGAGGAUCAAUUGGGCAAGUUGCAAGAACCCAACGGCACAAUACACAUCAAGUGCCAGCACCGAGCUGCACCUAUCGUUUUCCUAUCAAAGGAAGUCGUCGGGGAGGAUACGAUGAGAAAGGUUGCUGAUCGCGCCAAGCUUUCGGUUGGAUCCAACGAACUAAGGCAAUGGGGGCAAGUGUAUGGACGGUUUCUACGCAAGUACCAAAUAGACAAGCGAAAAGAACCAAAGCAUAUAUCAGAGACCUGUGUCGUUGUCUUUGCAACGGAGUCGAGACUCGAUGAAAACGGGAGACAGCAAGAGCAUCCUGUGGCUCUAAAGUUCCUUCAUAAUCGGGACGCAUUUUACAGGGAGAUCGAUAUGCGGGCGGUCAUCUCAAAAAGGGAAGUUUCAGUUGGUGACGGCGAACAAGGAAAACUGAGUUCUCAAGCUUGCGUGGUUCCGAUUCUAGCCUGCUACACCUCCAGACCGAAAUCAGAAAUGGAGGAUUUCUACGCAAUCAUGACUGAUUCGCCGUCGGUUGAGUCUGGAGUUGAUUUUGGGGAGCUGAAAACAUACGAGCACCUUCGUCUUCAAUGUCCUGCUGGUCAAGGGGGGUCUGAGGAGCUUCAAUACCUUCUGGUAAUGGAAUGCGGGGCAGGGCUAGAUUUGAAUGAUGUGAUCUCUCACCAGAACAUUGCCGGGAGAGAUCUAUCUAUGGUUCUAGCAAUUGGCUCGGGCAUUGCCAAGUGCCUGCAGUUUUUGAACGAAGAAUGCCGGAUGGUACAUGGAGAUGUCAAGGCAAGAAACUUUGUUUCGCUUGGCGUUGGGGCUGGGUACGCGGCAAUCGACCUGGACAACGCAGCUUCAAUUGCUGGAGGGGGCGUCGUCGGCAAAAAAAGGACCAGCUCGGGGUACCUGCCUCCUGAGCAGGCAGCGAUUGAGGGCUCCCGCAGGCGAAAGGCAAACGACAAUGCUGAUCUGGCUCUCCCCGCUGUGCGCGCCGAGUUGGAAGACCUGAAAAUGAAGGUUCAGGCUGCCAAUGACGAACAGAACUUUGAGGAACAGCUUCGAUUGCUUCACGCCCACAAAGAAUUAGAGGGACGGCUUCGUCAAAUUGAAACUGGUGACCUCCCAGUAAAACCAGUACAAGCAAGCCCUCAAUAUGACAUGUGGUGCUUCGGAGCGCUGCUGUUUUAUCUUUGCACUGGAGUUCAGCUCUUCAAUAUGGACUUUCGGGAAGAUGUGAACGACACUGACCUUGCAGCCAUUGAAAAUUGGAACAAAGAUGCCUUGCUUUCAAAGCUGAAACAGGCCACUUGCCUGGAAGGAAGUGAUCAACAAACUGGAAACUGUCCAGUCAAACCCAAGGAAGUGGGAGCUGCCCGUAGCUGA